GUCCGAAUCUCAUCAUCGAAACGCUUCUCCCAUUCAUCGCUCAUCCUGCACAUCCAUCUCCUGGCUACCGGAUCCCCCCUUUUGACUGCUUCCCGUACCUCGCUCUCUCACCUCACAACCCCAAUUCCUCUCCUUCGCCUUCCUUCGUCUCCCUUUUUCUCUGAACGCAUUCGAAAUGUCAGACGAGGCCGUCUACAAGUGGAUCACGCUUCCGGACAAGCCAAAUGUCUGGACUCGUAGCUGCUGGGGCGGAGAGCGCUUCUUCCACCAAUACUCUCGCUGGACCAAAGGGCAUGCCGACGCCAUUGGUAUCGUCACUUUCCAGGCACCGGGCAUCAACUCUUCUGUGAUCAAGGCGCUUGCCGAGCCUGCCGCCAUCGCUGCUCGCUGGGUGGGGCCGCUCCUGGGCGCGUCUGUAGAGCUUGGCGUUCACCCUGAUCUGGACCCUUGGCUUGGUGCGUGGGUCUACACGACCUCGAACGACUCUUCUGAGGCCGAGAAAUGGGCAAGGGACUCGACCCGCUUCUACGAGUGCAAACCUGGACAACCCCUCGAACAGCGUGUUGAAGAGGUGAGAGGCGAGCGGACGCUGGACGCUGCAACCAGCGCUCGCCCAUGCACGCUGCACUGGAUCUUUGGUCCAGGCGAUACGCAUGCUCUAGUCGCCCAUGGAACGCACUACAUCUACGACGGUCAAUCAAAUUUGAGCCACGUCGAGCUCAUCAUGGGCUUCUUGGCCAGGCAUGUCAAGAGUGGUAGCGCCGAAAGUGGCCUACAAGAGAUUCGUGGCUACAAGUGGGGCACAGAGACUUCGAGGCUUCCUCGAUGCUUGCCAGAAUGCAUCGGCAUCAGCCCGUCCGACUCGGACGAUGCUCAGAGCGAAAAGAUUCUCGGACCUGAGCUUGCGGGUCACGGACCCUCGCUCGGCUUGCCGCCACAGCGCAUGGAGCCUCGAGGAGAGAUGGGCUAUGCCUUCAAUGAAAGGCGACGUCUGCCCACGGAUGUCACUGCUGGUUUCAACAGAGCAUGCCGUUCCCUCGGCUUUACGUCUGGACACGGUCUUGAUGCAGCAAGGCACGUGGCCGUUUGGGCGAUUCGCGCAGCAGAUGCCAAAGCUGCAGGGGAAGACAUCGAAAACACGCACAUCAUCAACUUCAUGCUCCCAGUCGACUACAGACGAUAUUUCAAAAAGGAGUUUCUCGGUCAGCCUUACAUUUGCACCGGUACUGCUGGAUUCACGACCGAGAUCAGCUUGGAUCACAUUCGCGCAAAAGAGAGCGAAGCCGAGGGCUCCGAUGCUCAUCUGGACAGAGCGUUCAAGGAGAUUGGACCUCUUUUGGCGCAGCAAUACAGAGCUGUCGCAGACGACAGGGAGCUGAUCAAGGGCAUGCGUCCCGUGACGGAGAUGCUUGGCGUGGAUAACGAGGAGUUCCCGCCGUUCGAAGCCAUCAAUCCUGGAGACGCGUACACUUCCCUCGGCAAGCUCGAGUCGAGAAUGCGCGUGAAUUACAGCCAAGAUGGCAGUACCCAAGCGCCAGACGUCAUCCGCUUGCUUGACUGGUUCAACACCAGCCGAUUGACGAGACCGCAGAUGGGACUUCACACUUGGGUUUGGAAGGGGUCCAUCACUCUCAAUGUGAAUUGGAGCGACCACUACGAUGCGCAGUACAUCAAAAGAUAUGUCGAUACGGUGGAAGGCAUCAUACGUAGAAUGGCGGCCGCUUACGGUACAGAGAAGCCGGCGGGUGGUGCGACUGUGACGACUUCGUCAGGUGCUUCGCUUAGCAACCUUGGCGGACGGCCGGGCCAAGUUCUGGCUCCUCGUCUUCGCAAGCCGUGCACCUGUCAGCAACACUUGCGUGCUAGGCUUUGACACGUCCACAUUUCCUUUCGCAACAUUGUUCGGCCCUCCGCCUGUCACUCGAACCUUUUCCUCGUCCAUGUUCGGUCUCUUCUGUCUCUCCCCUCAUCACAACAUCCUGAGCCCGUCGGCCUUGGAAGCACGCUCUUUCGCAUUUUUGUCUUGCUCGCACAUCCAUUCCGUUGUUGCUCAUCUUGCUCAUCUUGCUCGAUACUUCUCGAUCGUCUCAAUGACACUCAUUUGCUGCCAAGGGG